AUGAAGUACACUACCGCUCUUGUCACCGCCUUGAUGGCAGCUCCUGCUUUGGCGUUUGCUCCCAUUGCUCCCAACACCCGCACCACUGCUUUGAAUGCCGAAAUUCGUCCCAAGACGGAAAAGUCGGAAGAACUCCGAUUCGGAUGGGAUGGUACCACCGCUUUGGGAGGUGCCGUCGAGAAUGCCGCCCCCGCACGCAUGUUGGAAGAUAUCCGUGCUGCCGGAGAAACCAUUCCCGAUGAGUGCGAAAUCUUUAAUGCCAAUCUCGAAAUGGAUGCAUCCGACUUGACAUUUGAAGAUGUCAUGGAACUCAUUGAUACCCACUAUGAGUCGCAAUUGCUCGAAUUCAAAAAUGGUGACAUGCUCAACAAGCAGGGAGAAAACGAAGGAAGUGCCAAGAUCUUGUCCUAUGCGGCUCUGUCGAAUUUGGACAAGGAUCUUACUCUCAAGCUCUGGGGACAAUACUACAGAGACGUUGUGGCCAGCCCCGAUGGUGAUGAUCACCAAAACAUCCGCAACUUUAUGAAAACUGGAUGGGAGGGUGUUCCCUUUGAAAAUGGAAUUGCUCUCACCAGAAAGCAAGUCGGUGAAAACGAAUGGGAUGCCUUUGCCGAGAGUUGGAUUCCAUAA